AAAAAAAAAAAACAAAAAACAAAAACUGUCCUUUCUCUCUCUCAUACCUCCCAAAUUCCGCCAUGGAAGCACCUUGAGAAACCCUAACUAAAUCACUUCACAUUCCUCUUUAAAACUUAAAUAACCACCAAAUGGGUUCUCAUGUACCUUUCCAAGACCUCAAUCUCUCGCCAGAACCACCCCAAGCCACCAGCUUCGCCACCACCUCCUCCUCCGUGACCACUUCCAGCACCACCACUUUCAAUUUCUUAACACCCAAAAUUGAACCAAAGCAAGAACCUUUCGACGAACCAGCACCGACCGACGUUGUUCACCAACAACAAAGCUUUCUCUUCUCUCUUUCCAAUUCUACCCCUGACUUCCUUUCUAACCCCGAAACUACCCCUCCUUCUAACAUAUCCUCUUCCACCGACGACCAAAACGCCCUUUACACCGAAUAUUUCCGAAUCUCCGAGCUCUUCCGCUCCGCUUUCGCCAAAAGAAUACAAAAAUACGGCGACGUCGAGGUCCUCGAUCGGGAUUCCCGGGCCAUCGUAUCCGUACCCGAAGAACCCCAACCAACCUCCGAAACCACCCCAACUAACACCUCCAACCCCGACCGAGCUCUCUCCGUUGUCGUUUCACGUCGCAGGGCUGGAAGAUCCAAUGAGCUGGUUCGGGUCACUAAUUUGGGAAUCGAAGACGAGAGGUAUUUUCGGGAUGCUGUCCGAAAAACCCGAAUGAUGUACGAUGCCCUCCGCAUUUUGGCCAUUGUGGAGGAAGAAAAGAGGAUGGGAACGGGAAGCGGGAGACGGGCUCGUGGCGAUUUGAAGGCAGCCGCGGUGAUGAGGGAUCGAGGGCUGUGGUUAAAUCGUGAUAAAAGAAUAGUGGGUGCAAUCCCAGGUAUUGAAAUUGGUGACAUAUUCUUUUUCAGAAUGGAGCUUUGUGUGCUGGGGUUACAUGGACAAAUUCAAGCUGGGAUUGAUUCGUUGCCUGCGGGCCAGAGCUCGAAUGGAGAGCCAAUUGCCACCAGCAUUAUUGUCUCAGGUGGGUACGAGGAUGAUCACGAUGAUGGUGACUCGAUAAUAUAUACUGGUCAGGGUGGACAAGAUAAGUUUUCACGCCAAUGUAUGCAUCAGAAGCUUGAAGCAGGGAACUUGGCACUAGAAAGGAGUAUGCAUUAUGGAAUUGAGGUAAGGGUGAUUAGAGGGCUUAAAUAUGAUAAUAGAGUUUCAAGUAAAGUUUAUGUUUAUGAUGGUUUAUAUAAGAUUCUUGAUUGUUGGUUUGAUGUGGGGAAGUCUGGUUUUGGGGUUUAUAAGUAUAGGUUAUCGAGAAUGGAUGGGCAACCUGAGAUGGGUAGUUCGAUAAUGAGGUUUGCUGAGACUCUUAGGACUAGGCCUUUGUCCGCUAGGCCAAUGGGGUAUUUGACUCUUGAUAUUUCCAUGAAAAAAGAGAAAGUUCCAGUCUUUCUUUAUAAUGAUAUUGAUAGUGAUCAUGAUCCUAUGUAUUAUGAUUAUCUUGUGAACACUGUGUUUCCUCCAUAUGCAUUUAGUCAGGUGAGUAAUGGUACUGGAUGUGACUGUGUUUCGGGUUGCAUGGAAGGGUGCUUUUGUGCUAUGAAGAAUGGGGGUGAUUUUGCUUAUGAUCAUAAUGGUCUUCUCUUGAGAGGGAAACCAGUGAUAUUUGAAUGUGGAAAUUUCUGUCAAUGCCCACCGACUUGUCGGAAUCGUGUUUCACAACAUGGGUUGAGAAAUAGGUUGGAAAUAUUUAGGUCAAGGGAAACGGGUUGGGGGGUGAGGUCCUUGGACUUGAUUCAAGCAGGUGCUUUUAUAUGUGAAUAUACAGGGGUUGUUCUCACUAGGGAGCAAGCACAAGUUUUCACGAUGAAUGGUGAUACUCUGAUUUAUCCCAGUCGCUUUUCCGAACGAUGGGCAGAAUGGGGGGAUUUGUCUAAGAUUUUUGCAGAAUAUGUGCAUCCAACAUAUCCCUCAGUUCCACCUUUGGAUUUUGCAAUGGAUGUAUCAAGGAUGAGAAAUGUUGCUUGUUAUAUGAGCCAUAGUUCCAGUCCAAAUGUGCUGGUGCAGUAUGUGUUGUAUGAUCAUAAUAACUUGAUGUUCCCUCACCUUAUGCUUUUUGCAAUGGAGAAUAUUCCUCCUAUGAGAGAGCUUAGCAUAGACUAUGGUGUGGCUGAUGAUUGGACUGGGAAACUCUCUAUCUGUAGCUAAAUAUCGUAGAGUUUUUUGGAUUUUGAUGUGGUGCAGCAGGGCAGUGAGACAUGAUAUGCUGAGCUGUUCACUUCGAUGAAUUUCUGCAGGUGGGGAUUAGACAACGCAUUUACAACAGUUUUUCAUCUGGUUCCUUGAAUUUUUUGGUCCUCAUCAUUAUCUUUGAAUGUUGCUG